AUGGAAGUCAGUUACGUGGGGGCCAAGGACCUCUACCAUGCGACGGCGACAUCGAUUGCGAACUCGGCGAAGAAAACUGCGGGAUCUUCACGAGAUAGCAUGGAGUCAGGGCGGAGCUCUAUCCGGCCGCCAAAGAACAGGCUGAGCUUCGCGGCCAAAGUGCUUCAGUCGGGCAGGAAGCGGCCACCUACGGGCAUCAACACGACCCCUCAGUCACCAUCAUCGCUGGGCCCUGGGAUGGGCUCUACCGUGGGAAAACAGUCUUUGAGGUCGCUUCAUCCGGAUAUGCACGCACACUCGAUGGAUGACGACCGUCUCCGGGUCAAGUACUCGGACGCUCUUUCUCGCGUAUUCCGAUGGAGCGGCGAGCACAGGAGGGUGGUUUCGGAGGGAACAGCAGCCACCGACCUGCCGCCGUCGUCAGAAGCCCGCAGCACCACAGCGACUCCGGUGCCCGAUUCUCCUACACACCCUGGGCCCGGCCUGAAGCGGAUGAGUAGCCGGCGCUCAAUGCAGGGCCUGGCGGCUCAGUUCAAGAGGACAGCGAACUCGAUGGUGCUGACCAAGGAUGAACGGCGGAGAGAGAAUUUACGGCAGAGCAUCCGGGUGAUACCGGAGGGUAGCACACUCGAGUAG